CUUGCAAACAAAACAGGGAGGAGAAAGAAACAGCCUUGUUAUGAUAUAUUUUUAAUGAAAGAUUGAAUGUAAACACGGAAUAUAGAAUUUAAUGACAAUAUGCCACAACCUCCUCCUCGAAAGGUUAAAGCCAGUGCAGUGCUAAAAGCAUUGCAUAGUGAGCAGGCGUCAAAACUUCAAUGGAAGCAUCAACAAGAAUGUGAUCUAUUAGAAGAUAUUCGGACUUUUGGUAGACAGCGUUCUUUGAUAGAGAAAGAAUAUGCACAGUCCAUGUUGAAGCUGACCGGCCAGCUGUUGAAACGUGACUUCCAGGCAAUGCCCGACCUCUCUACUGAGGACGGCAAGGAACACAGAACGGCAAUGGCCGUGUGGCGUGUGAUUUUAGAGGAGACGGACAUAUUGGCCAAGAAGCGACUGCAGGCUGCAGAAAUCUACCUCGACUCCAUCUCGGAGCCAAUCAAACCACUGAAAACUAAUAAACAGCAGUGCUUGAAAAAAGUAAUGCCACAGCUGACAACCAUGCAGGGAGAGGUCCAACAGACGGUAGGGGAGAUGGUGAAAACACAGAAAGUCUACAAUGUUGAUGAAGCACAAGCAUAUGACGCCCGGGCCAAGGCACGCGACGCAGAAGAAAAACUUAACCGAAAGUCAAAAGGAAUAUUUACCUCAUUAGCAAGCCUUCAAAAGAAUUAUGCAAAGUUGAAAUCACGGAUGGAGUCCUGCGAAUCCCGCUCCACGGACUCGCGCAACGAGUACCUGCUCUGCAUGGCCGCCUCCAAUGCACACAAUGUACGCUACUACAGCACCGACCUUCCCAAUCUCAUUGAGGUAUUGGACGGUGAAAUAUUUGAGCGUAUUCAGGAGUACUUUGCCAUAUAUGGCAACACAGCCCAGGAAAUAAGUUGCUAUGAGAAUCGAUCAUGCAAUCGAAUAGUAGAACAGACUGCCAUGAUAAAUCGUGACUUUGACCUGAAGUGUUUUCUCUACAAUAACAAUAUGUUUACCAAUCUUGUGCAAUAUGAAUUUGAACCCUGUAUGCAAGACAAGUGCAAUAGAAUAUCCAAGGAGUACAAUGGUGCACAUCACCUGGACAAGGAAGCCAGGAAGUGGGCCACCAAGAUAGCCAAAGAAACCAGGUCUCUCAAGGACUUACAGAAGGCAGUCAGGGUUCUUGGCUCAGGGGAAAAGGUCUCAGUGAGUGGAUCCACAGAGGGGAUCACGCAAGAUCCAGAGGUCCGUCGAGAGGAGCUACAGCAGCUGAUACGCCAGGCUGAGACAGCAAAGGUGAAGGCUGAAGCCAGAAUAGAAGCACUGAGGCAGGCUGGAGUUGAUGUGGAGGUCUGGUUGUCCAGCGUCAACAUUGAGGGUCAGUCAGCGGAUGAAGAGUCAGAUCUGCAACGCACUCCAAGUCGUACCUCCAUCAAAACUGACAGCUCGGGGCCUAUAGAAGACUUGGAGCCUACGUAUACUCACUAUGAUGACGAUGAUGACUUCGGAGAUGAACCAUUUGAUGUAACUGUGGGCGACUACUCAUUGAAGAGCCAGUCCAUACGAUAUCCAAUCAGAUGCAGGUCUAUCUAUGACUUCCAGGCCAGCCAACAGGAUGAGCUGGACAUGGCAGAGGGGGAGGAGCUGGAGAUUAUAUCUGGUGGCGAGGGGGAUGGAUGGGUCAGGGCCAAGAACUCCAGUGGAGUGAUAGGCCUUAUACCUGAGAACUACAUUGUUGUGUUGGAGGAGGAGGGCUCUACCACAGCCCAGAGUCCCGUCAACCGCCAUUCAGUCACUAAGGGCACAACAUUCAUUCCAAGCAGUGCCGAUGAUGCUGACGUCGGCUCCCCACCCCCUGUCAGCCCCUCCUCCCCCUCCUUUCUCCCCUCCAUUGAGGUUCACCAGGGGGAGGAGGAGGGGGAGUUCCCCCCACCACCCCCACCCCCAGACAGCUCACAGGAUGUGACGUCAUACUCUUCCAGUGACAUGGAGGUACAGCAGGCCACCAUGAGCAACAUGUCCCUCCCAUGCGGAGAGGGGCCUUGGGUUCGAGCCCUUUAUGACUACGAAGGGACCUCGUCAGAGGAGCUCUCAUUUGUAGAGGGUACCCUGAUACGAGUGCUUAGGAAGGAUGAGAACGGCAUUGAUGAUGGCUUCUGGGAAGGGGAGCUCAACGGGAGAGUGGGCGUGUUUCCCUCCCUCGUGGUGCAGGAGUUGACAGGUCCAGACGUUAUGGACUUCCCCUCCCCUCUACAGUCCCCUCCAGACUACAUGCCCCCUCCCCCUGUCACCAUCACGGCUGCCACGCCCGAAACUGAGCAUCCACCUGCAUCCCCCAUAUCUCUGGUCCCUAAUGGAACAGACCCAGAGAUAUUAGAAGAUAGUACUGUCACUGAUCCAUCACAGGUGAGGAAGCAUGUUAGGUUUGGUGGCAAGGACUACCUCGGGGAUGGGGACAUGUUUUACAUCCACCGUGUGCGACUAGAAGAUGGAUACGACUCCAUGUUUGAUGACGAGGAAGAAGAAUCCAUCGUUUGACCAGCAAAACUGGCCUUAGUUUAAAGUUUCAGGGUUAUUUAUUAAGGUUCCUUGAAAGCCAAAAGUUCCAUUCAUCAUAAUGAUGUGCGUUGGAGGCUGGUAAGCCUAUCUGACUGUCAAAGAAUACAAUCUCGUAAAAGCCAAACAGUCCUAUAUGCAUAUUUGCAUAUAAUGCUGAAGAGACAUUAUAACUCUGUACGAUUAAAGCAUUUUUUUAGUAUUUCAUUCAGCAUGGCAAAAAAGCAUGGUCGCACUGCAUGUUUUGGUUUAGUUUUAACAGUCCAUUCUUCUUGUCAAAAACAUUCAUAAUACAAAAAAUAAGUAGUUUCUGUAUUUGUUUUACAAUAAGUCAUGCUGGGUUUGUUUAGUCUUCAGCCUUUGUGAAGAAAUUUUGAAAGCGUUAAUUUAGCCUUGGAGUAUUUUACUAAGACAGAUCUGCUUUUCUGUGUUCUUAUCUUAAACUGACUCUUUCAACUUUAUUUCAUGCACGCCAUAUAUAUUGGCUAUGUUCUUGCUGUUUACUAUUGUGUCAUCUAGUCAUUACACAAGUAGUCACUUUUCAUGCAUAUAGUAGUAGCAUUACAGUGGCAUUGUUCAUUAACUUCGAACAUUCUAUAUAAUUUACACGCAUAAAAUGUAUGUGCGAUUUUGGCAUUUAUUCUGGUUUGUGUCAGUUUUUACAGCAGUGUCUGCAUGUUUUUGCCUGUUCAAGUCUGGUUUGGGUCUAGUGGUAGAACAUAAAGAACUCAGAUACAUGUUCACAUUUUCAAGUAGGCCUGAAAUUGCAUAGUAAUGAUAUAAUGAUAUGUCAAUGAAUUAUGGAACUAAGUUUGCUUUUAGAUUUUUACUAAUAUUUUGAACUUAUCUUUUAAUUGACAAGAAUUUGUCUAAAAGGUCUGUUAUUUUUACUCAGCGUUGUAUGGGAAUACAGACAGAGUUUUAAUGAAAGCAUUUUAUUUGGGUAACAGAUUUGCUUGUUAUUUUGCAGUCAGUAUAUAAUAAGAUCUGAUAUAUUCGAUGAUCUGUUAAUUUUUGUAUAGAGUUUUUAGUUGAAUGCAAAAAAUUGUACUCUAUAUAUGUCUUCAGAUGUUGCAGGAAAUAUGAAACUGUUAAAUGUAUUGUUCCUAUCUAGUCAAAAUUGUUAAGUACUAUAGAUAGACAGAUAUGUACAAGUUGUGUUUUGUAUUUGUGCUUUAAUAAUGAAUGUUUGUGGUAAAACACGUCAAGUAAAAUACACUUUAAAAUACACGCUAUGAUAUACACUGUUAAGUCUGGUACAAUCACUAAAAAUAGUGUUGUUUUAUGUGUCGUUAUGCACAAAAAGUGAACUAAAAAUGUAAUAUAUUCGUCUACAUGGCAGUUUUGAGUUUUGAAUUGGGAUUUCCUUUCUGCCAAACUGUUUAAACUCAAUAAACAUUAUUUGCUAUAAGUAUUGUCAAUACAUCGGCACUACAUUUUAUUUGUCUUAUUUAAUAUUACAUGCCUUGUAGACUUGCACGUGUUUUAAUCUUUACAAGAGGUUGAAAAACUGGGACAGGUAUUUUGUUUGUGGAGCAUAUAUUUUUAUCUUGUAUUUUUUUAAUUAUUCAUACAUCUAUCUGGACCACUAUUUACAUAAUUUGAUAUUUGAAAUUUUCAUCUGUAUAAUUUAAUUUGUAUGAUUAAAUAAUACCAUAUAACUUGUAAACAGGCACCCUAUGUACAUUAGCAAUGACUGUUAUGGUUAUUUGAUCCAUAUUUAUUGUGCGCAAAUGUUGGAACAUUUUCAAAUGACAGGCAAACAAUAGAAACAAAUUUUACUAUCACAUUUCAUAUUUUGUUUGUUAAAGAAAUGUUUGUUUUGUUUAAACCUAAGCACAUUUGCUUCGGUAAGCAACACAUGUGUUGACACUUAAUUACAUUUAGAUGAAUUGAGUAUACUAUUAAGCAUACAUUGUUUUUAAGGACCAUAAAGUAUUAGAAUAAAUGUCAGUUUGACUUAGCACUUGUUCUAUACAAGUUUUAUAUCAGAUACACAAUCAGGUAAAAUUUCUUAUUAAAAUAUGCAUUAGUUUUAUGUUUGUAUGUUCAACUCUAUAAGCUUGACAUGUAGUCUUAACUAUGUUCAACAAGUACUCAUAUUAAACAAAGGACAUAAGUUGGAUCUUUUAUAUGUACAUAUUGCAUUUUGGUUUUAAAUUACACCUAAACAUUUAAAAUUUCCACUUACAUUUUGCAACUUAAUUUUAUAGCAUAAUAUUCUGGAAACAAGUUUUAAAGCUGUAGUCGUAAGCUGUAGGUAUGUAGAAGGGAAAACAAUCCUGACUAACAAUGUAAUUGUUUUGAACAUCAUCUGGUUGUUUAAACUUUUAUUUCCAGUUAAAAAAGGUCUAAUGGCAUAUGCAGCAAGCGUCGCUCCACACCUGCCUUUGCAGCCUGGUCAGGAGCUCCUUUCUCUGCUAAUAAGAUCACGGAACAUUUACUGACUUAAACCUUUCCCACUUAGAACCAAAGUGAAAAUGGCUAUGUGCCAACAGCAUAAAACCAAAACAGCCUGCAAGUAACUUGCAGUCUGUUCAGAUUUUAUGCUGUUUGCUGCUCAUCAGUAACUAAGGUUUGGAGAAGAAGCCUUAAAAUCUUGAAUCUAGUAAGAAAGUUCUUAAAUUUAAUAUAACGUGUCAAAAUACGUAUCUAAGUGGUAAAGGGUUUAUAGCUGCCAGGGUAGCUCCUGACCAGACUGAUGGAAUGCACAGGCUCUUCUGGAGCUACACCGGCUACAUAAAGCAUAAGACCCAUUUUGCGGUACACAGCACAUAUGCUUUUAUUAUGCUCCCCCCAAAAUUUAUUUUGGGGGGAGCAUAUAGUCGCCGCUUCGUCUGUCCAUGCGUGUGUGCGUCUGUCUGUCCGUCCGUGAACAAUUUUUGUCCGGGUUAUUUCUCAGCAACUACCGGUAAUGACAAGAAUUCAAUGAAACUUUAUGGGAAGCUUCACUACCAAGAGGAGAUGUGCAUAUUAUCAGCGGGAUUUGGUCGGAUGAUUUUUAAAAGAGUUAUGGCCCUUUGAAAUUUUCUAUAAAAAAAUCUUGUCCCCGCCAACUACUGUGACCUCAAGACGUUUCCUUUUAUCUGAAUAUAUAGUGCAAUAUUGUGACAAAAAAACCUUUGGGGAGCAUGACCCAUCUCCGACGGUUUCUUGUUUGUAUAUUGGUGGACUUCUUACUUUGGAAUCUCAAGGCAAUUGAAUCUAAUGCAGACUUAGAUCUGGUUGUAGCAAGUGUGCUUUAAUGCUAGUGCAUAAUCCAAGUGUGCUUUAACGCUAGUGCAUAAUCAUUUUAAGUUUAAUUUAAAAUUGACAUUAAAUAAAUGUGGUCGUUAACAAUUGAACAGUGUUGUAGAGGAUUUAUUUAUACUAUUUUCAUUUGUAAGAAAUAUGAAGUACAGAAUAAAUGACAUAAAUAAUGAUCAUAAAUAAUACUCUCUACAGAAGUUUUGAUUGUUAUUUUUGUGAUUUAGUGAUGAAAUGUUUAGAAAUGUAAAGCAUUUUUAACAGCUAGGAAGUAGCAGUGGAGUGAUGGAGAUCUUUUUAUUAUUUUUACAUUGCUAACUAAAUAAAUUUCUAUAAUUUGCUGAUACAUUUGACAUACAUUAAGGGCAUUACAAAUAAUAUUAAAUAACUGUUAUAUGUUGCAUUUAGACCUAAGAUAUCUGUCCAUUGGAAAAUACAUAGAAAUUUAACAUUAGAUUCAAAAUUAUCAGUAUUACAUACUGAAACUUUAAACAAAGUAUUGUUUAUUUUUGUGAAAACUUGUUCAUAGGUUUCAUGUUGUGCUUGUAUUUUAAGUGCUUUAUUUGAUAAUUUUUUUCCAGUCUUAGAUUAUUAUCAUUAUACAUACAUAUUAUGUUUAUUAAAUAGUAAUUUAAUAAUAUGCACAGUUUUAUAUAAUUAUUGUAAAUAUGUUUAUCCAUAUAAGUGUGUUUUAGAUCAAUCUAUGCAUAGUCAUUAAUCAUUCCAUUUGUAUAUACAAUUUAUGUAAUGUUCAGUGUAGAUGCACAUAAGUUGCAUGUGACAGUGUUGUGUUUGUGUAUAAAUCAUAGCUGUAUUAAACUAUGUAUGCAUAUGAAAAAAACUGUAACACUAAGGCGUCUUUAAUGUUCAUGUAUAGAUUCCUAGUGUAAUAAAUACAAAUACAUGAAAUGUUGUAAUUGAAUAAUACGAAAUAAUGCCAUUUAUGAUGAGAGUAGAUCAAAGGGUUUUUUACAUUCAGUAGAUCAAAAGGUUUUUGACAUUCAAAACAAAAGAUCAGUAAGAACUUUAAAUGGGUGUUUUUUCUUUUAAACCUCAUUGUUUAAAUAUUCUUUUAAGAUUUUUUUUAAAUUUUUAUAUUAAAAGCAAAGCAGCAAGCAAAUUUGUUGUCCAAGGUACAUGUACCACAAAUAUAGUGGUAGAUAAAAGUUAUGUCUUUAGACUGCCUAUACUGUAUUUUGGUUUACUAUAGCUAAAGGUUGCAUACUCCAAUCAAUUAACUACAGAUCAUUGGACACCUAAAGGCCGAGGAUCCUUUGGCCCUCUUCUGGUGACUUGAUAAGUUUUAACUCAGGAAACAGACACAAGACCAAGUUUUAUAAUCAACCAUAGUACCUUGUUCAUGUUUGACAUUACUUUUGAUUUAAAUACAAUAUACCUUUUAGCCGUUUUCAAUCCAUAAUAGUUUUUCUCUUCAACCUAACUAAAUAAAAAUUACCUUUAAAAAGGAAUAUGAUUUAAAGAAAAGCAUGUGUAAUAGGUCAUCAACAAAACACAAAAUUAAAGCCAUUGUUCCAACCUUAUUAUAACUUUGCAUGUAUCCCAGGUGAGCCAUUUGGACCAUCAUGACACUCUUGUAUUUCCUUACUUUAAUCCAGCACUCAUUGAUUAUUUUGUAUUGCUUUUACCCUUCAGUUAUAAAUAAUAUUAUAUUAAGCAAUGGCAAAUUAUUAGGUUCCUCAUUUAUAGAUCUAUGUCUGUAAUAUCCAUAUUCUAUAAGACACAACAUUUAGCCUAGUUAUACCUAUAUAAUAUAUAUUAUUGUUUGUUUUGUUUGUGAUACAGUGUUUAUAGAUCGUAUUUUAUUUGUUGACUCUUCACAAGGUUUGUGUUAAAUUGUUUUACAUUAUGCAAUAUUGUAAAAUAAAAACAUAUAAUAAAUAAA